AUGGCGGGUCUCUCCAUCACAUCAGCACUACUCUCCCCUAUCAACAAGCUGCGCGGAAAGUCAAAUCCAUACCAGAAAAAUGAAUUCCUAGCCGAAGCACGUCAAGCAGCUGGCCGUGAUCCCGUGACCGGAACCCAACAGCACACACAUCCAGAACCCACGAGCGCCGACCUCCUAGCUGAAGCGCGCGAAGCAGCCGGUCGCAACCCCGUGACCGGCCGCCCACAGCCCGUUAUCACAGGCAAGAAAGCGAAGAAGCAGAAACUGUCGUUGGAACAACAGCAACAGGCGGCUGAAGAACAGAAAGCUGCGUUCCUGGCUUGGGCCGCAAGACAUCCACAGGAGGGUGGGCGGCCGUAUGAGAGCUACGAGGCUUUUGUGCAGGAGAUGGUGGCGAAGCGGACGGGGAAUGUGGAGCAGCGGACGGGUGCGGGAUAUUAUGCGCCGGAGAGGAGUGUGGGGGAGUAUUAUUCGGGUGGGGUGAGGGAUUAG